UGAGAUGGCGCGGUGGAGCGCGCUGAUCCAGCAUGGAAGACUACCAGUGUGGUUUCUGCUUCUCAGCCUUCUGCAGGUGGCGACAGCUACACCAGGUCCAUGUGAGGUGGAAACUGGACAGUCUAGUAUUAUAGUUGACAUUGAGGAAAGCAGAGGAGACCAGGUUAACCAAAGCACGAUACCAGCCGACCUUCCCAUAGUGGGGGAGCCAGAUGUAGAUGUGAUAUUAUCCACGGUGUUCCCUAAGGGCCCAACGCUGUUUCAGCUUGAUGGAAAGCGUUUGCAGCUGCUGCAGCCGCUUGAUAGGGACGCUGACAAUUUGUCGCAUAUGGUGUUUCAGUUGGUUUGUCAGGUGAAAGCCACGAAGAAGAGGCGGACCAUACCGGUGAUUGUCAGAGUGUCUGAUAUCAACGACAACGCGCCUAUAUUCCAAGGGACGCCGUAUGAAGCCAGCGUCUCCGAGUUAGCACCAAUUGGCACAACAAUAUUUGAAGGCGUCAGAGCUGUAGACAUGGACGCCGGCGUCAACGGCCUAGCCGAAUACUUCAUUAUACCAGGUGAUAACGCCACAUUGGAGAAGAACAAUGCUGCGGAUGGUUAUGGAUUCUUCGCGAUUCCCCUGCCCCAUGUUGGUCACGUGACUGUUAAUAGAAGUCUGGAUUAUGAACGCACUCAGCAGUAUCUAGUCACAAUCGUCGCUGCUGACCGCGCACGUGAUACAAAGAGACGUCUUUCGAGCACCACCACGAUGACAGUGACUGUUCAAGACGAUGACGAUCAGGACCCCUCGUUUAUAUACAAGGGCUGCACUUUACACGAAGGCGCUUGCUUUAAUCCAGAAUACACUAGUUAUGUCAAUAGUGGAGUACUAGCUGGAAUCCUAACCAUCGAACCAGAGAAGAUCCAAGCAGUAGACAUGGAUACUUUAGACGCUAGGAUACGGUACAGCAUUGAGAGUGGCGAGCCGGACUCCUGGGCGACGUACUUCGCAAUAGAUCCUAACACAGGCGCUGUGAGACAACUUGUUCCUGUUGAUACUACCAUUGCUAAGAAGUUUCAACUAGAUAUUAAGGCUGAGGAAGUAUCAGAAGCAAAGCGUUUCACUACAGCUAAGUUGACAAUCACAGUGCGGCCGGUGGAUGCAAGUCCGCCGGUAGUCGCCGCGUCAUCAGACGAGGGGCAAGUUGAAGAGAACUCUCCUAAAGGCACCAAGGUCUUAGACGCCAAUGGAGAGCCUAUUAAACUGUCAGUUUCUGAUCCUGAUUUGGGUCCUGGUGAUCCGGUGCCGAAAUACACAUUCGAGCUGACGACAAACUUCUUCGACAUCGACAAAGAUGGCUAUCUCGUGGUCAGUGAUGAGACGCUUGAUCGCGACCCACCGAAUACUGGCAAAUUUAGAAUACAGGUUGUAGCUCGAGAAGCCAACGGCGGCGCGGCUUCGGCGCCGUACUCAUUAGCCGUACAUUUGAUAGACCAGAAUGACAACGCGCCAUUCAUUCCGAAGACACCACCCAUCACUGUGCCGGCGAGUUUGGAGCCCACACCUGUCCAUAAGGUGGAAGCGGUAGACAUUGACGAGGGUGAGAACGCUCGCAUAACAUACAGUCUGUACCACGUGUCUAACAACGGCGCCAACAAGUUCACUAUAGACCCUAACACGGGUGUUAUAUCAAGCACAGGCCGCUUACAAGCAGGGGAACAGUACAGUGUAACGAUCCGAGCCAGUGAUGCCAAGGGACUCAGUUCCCAGGGUAUAGUGGAACUGCAAAGUGGCCCUGGCCCUAAUACCAAGGCUCCGGCGUUCACUGCGAGGGACUACUACGCGCCGGUGUCAGAGGGCGCUGCUAUCAACUCUACUGUUACCACUGUUACUGCGAAGGAUCCAGAAAAUGAACCGGUGACAUAUUCGAUAGUAUCCGGCAACGAUCUUCGUCAGUUCGCGAUCGGAUCAAACACCGGCAUUAUCACUGUCAUCAGAAGUCUAGACAGAGAGGUCCUUACGCGAUAUCAACUGAUGGUAAAAGCUGAGGAUCCAGGCAAACUAGCGAGCACGGCCACUGUUAACAUCAAAGUAACGGAUAUCAACGACAAUAACCCCAAGUUCGACGAAGACACGUAUCUGUUUCAUGUUAAAGAAGGCGUCUCAGGUGAAUUUGUUGGUUAUGUUCACGCCACUGAUGCUGAUGAGGGGGUAAACGCGAUGAUAACUUACAGUAUACCAACGCACCUACCUUUCUCCAUAGACAAUAGUACGGGCAUGAUUAGUACUCUUACGAAACUUGACUAUGAACAAACUAAGGACUACUCGUUCGUAGUGACGGCGACAGACGGCGCCGUGGACAAGCGGCUCGGCACCGCGUCCGUCACCGUGCAGGUGCAGGACGUGCCCGACGAGGUGCCCGUAUUCCCACUGCCGCUCUACUCCGUGCAUGUACCCGAAAAUGUACCUAAUUACCCCGUCGUUAAGGUUCAGGCAAAAGAUCCAGACACAAUUCCAGAAAUAACAUACACUAUAAUGAUCGGAGACACCGAUUUAUUCUCCAUCGACAGAAAGAGUGGAUUAAUUAGAACUUUAAAGGCACUAGAUAGAGAAAUAGCGGCAAGACAUGAACUCAUAGUAGGCACUGAGGAAAACAAUGAGCAGGGACCAGGAGCAACCACUACUGUCGAGAUAUUGGUCGAUGACAAAAACGAUAACGCACCUAUAUUCACGUCAGUGAUCCGUCCGGUGACUAUCGAGGACUCCGCCUCCAUCGGCAGCAUGGUGCAGACCGUCGUGGCCGUGGACUCCGACGACACCGCGCCCAACAACCGCGUGCGAUACAAACUCGUCGGCCGCGGGAAGGCCUCCAAGUACUUCCACGUCGAGCUCGACUCCGGCGUCCUGAGGGUCCGCGACGACUUGAGGAAGGAGACUGAUAGCGAAUAUACGGUGGACGUACAAGCUUACGACCAAGGCGACCCUGUGAUGUCAUCGGUCACGAGCCUCACUAUAUACGUGAGCCAUUCGGCAACUGUCCCACCAGAUGUUGGUCUCGGUUUCGCAGACACGACAUACACGGAGCACGUCGCUGAGAACUCUCCAAAUGGAACUUUAAUAAGAGUUCUACCAUUACUGAACAAGCGCGAACAUUCGCCAGACACCCCGCUCAAAUGUCAACUCACUGAAUCAUCACAAAUAGGUAUCUUCUACGUAAAAUUAAACGAAGACAGGGACUGCGCUAUAUAUUUGAACACAAGCUCCUUAGAUUACGAAAAACUCGCCGAAUACGCUUUGGAGGUCCAACUGGAGUCGAUACAAGGUCUUAUAAACCCCGAAAGUAGUAAAGCUACAGUGAAAAUACAUGUAACCGAUGCGAAUGACAACACUCCCGUGUUUAUGUUCCCUGAACAAUCUACAAUUGUUGGCGCGAAGGACAAAUACUUCGCGAUUAUCACUAAGGAUAUGCUUUUGGGUACCAAUGUGUUGCAAGUUAAGGCAAAAGACAAAGACAGCGGAGAUUAUGGUAAAAUCGAGUAUCACAAAAACUCAUGGACAAAAGCGGCGGAGGAAUACUUUACUUUAGACGCGGACACAGGUGUGAUCAGUAAUAUAAAGACGUUCGAGAACGUUCCACAGGAUGUACUCCCGUUCAAAUUUAGCGUGUCCGCGAGGGACAACCCUAAUUCUGCUCAGGAUUAUAACAUUGCCAGGGCUUCUAUUGUGAUCAAUCUUCUACAAAAAGAAAACCAAUUAGUAGUCGAAGUGGCGGACCUUAACGCUGAAGCGAUGCGACGUAAAGCAAGAAGUCUACUAUCAGCAAUAGAAGAGAAAACUAAAUUAGUUGCUGGUCUAGAAAAACUGACUGCCAGACAUUAUCUAGAUGAAAACGGCACAUUAGAAAGUGACACCAAAGGAACUGACGUGUGGUUGUACCUUAUCGAUCCUGUUACCGGAGAGAUAUUGACCAGAGAAUCGGAGCCAGUGAAAAAAGCGGUGUCGGGUGGUCUGCGCGCGUGGAUGUCGCAGCGGCUGCAGGCGUCGCUGGGCGCGGUGCGCGCGCCGCUGCAGGCCGCCGCCGCGCGCGCGCCGCCCGCGCAGCCCGCGCCGCUCGCCGAGGCGCUGCCCGCCGCGCUCAUCGGGCUCGCCGCCGUCGUGCUCGUCGCCGCCGUCGCCGCCACCAUCUACAUCUGCGCCUCGUGGAACAGAUAUAAAAAACACAAGGAGCAAGCGAUACAACAGUACGGCACGUUGAGCCUGAGUAUGCCUCCACCACGGCCGCCGUCGGGCUACGAGUCCAGUGAAGAUGAACCGGCGCCGAGAUAUGAGACACAGGUUCUAAACAUGGCGGUGGAUGACGCUGACCUGCAAUUGGACUUCAGUCCAAACAAUCACGCGUUCAACAUACACAGCGUCCAAUACUUGUCUAAAGACAACGGUGAACGAAGUCCCACCCUAUCAGAAACGGCGACAACCGCCCGCGCAUCAAGCGUCAAUGAAAAUGGCACACUGAAUAACCUACACCACAGCCAAAUGUUCGACCCUAUCGCGAACAACGCAUCCAUUGCGCGCAACACACAAACUCUCAACCGGCGGAUGCCCAACACACAAGCGCUGAACAACGCACUCGGGACGUUACCGCGAGUGAACAAUAAUAACGUUGGUGGAGGACUAUUAGCCGCAACGUUAGGAAGAAAGAUCAACGGGAAUAAUCAAAAGAAAACGCAGCCUAUUAUGGCGUAUGAUGAAAUUCCUGGUAUGCAGAGAGCAUCGGAUAAUGACAACGUGACAUUUGGUAAAAGGAAUUUUACAGGAUACGGAUAUGACCAACACGUGGAAACCACCACGGAGCUAUAGCAACUACAACUAUACUAGUGUGAAGUGUGAACAUAGUGCACGAUGUGAUACCGUCCGCGGACAUUACUUAUCAUAAUAAAAUGUGUUCAACAAAUUGUCUAUGGUUGACGGACUGAAAUAAGCAAGCGUGAGUUGGCACUUGGGGUUGAGUACUUGAUCACUUUAUCCGAUUUGAAAAAGGAGGUUGCUCUCUUCUUUCUUUAAAAAAACUUUUGUUAAGAACUGUCAUUUACACCAAUUACAAAAAGAAAUGAAAGAGCCAGCGCGAUGGAAUAAAGCUUGAAUUAGUAAGAAGCCCACGCCCAACUGUGGGACCAUACAUCAUACGGAGCUGUUAAAAUAAAAAAAAAAAAACUAUUUCUUGUCAAAAAUGAUACAGGCAAGAUGAAAAGGUUUAAGUUACGUUUAACAGCAACUUAAAACAAUAUAAUUAAGGAAGA